ACCGAGAGUGUAACGAAGGUGUCACGCGCUGGGAAGGAGCAGGGAAAAUUCCAGCCUGCGACAUAGUCCACUUGUAAACUGGGCCCCGUCUCUCAGAUCGCAAGUUGACCACGCGCAUAGGGAGCCGAAAACCAGUGCAUAUGUACACUGGUUCCAUUGUUGGUACGAGUCACAAGCUUUGCGCUUUUAUUAGUUUAGGUAGACAGGAGCCCAGUGAAGUAUAGAGAGCUCCGCGAACGGACUAUCGCUGUGAGGAGCUUGAUGCAAAUUCUGAUUGGUGGUCUUUUUCUCAGCUGAGAAACAUGCGACAGAGGUCCAAAGACGUAGAGUAAAUACAGUUAUAAUAGCAGCCAUGGCAGCAGAACACCCUUAUAUACCAGAAGACCUGAAAUUACCUCACUAUCGUCCGAACGACAAAGGGGUCGUUGAACUCCUGUCAGUAUUCUUCGGUGUCGUCGGAGUGUUUAUAGUUUUGACAUGGGUUUAUUCUGGAACAACGAAAAAUCCGAGGUUUACAUUCACACAGCGUUUAGUGUUAUGUUGGUUUGUGCUCUGUGGUCUAAUCCACACUUUCCUGGAAGGAUACUUCGGUGUAUUCCAUGACGUUCUUGCUGGCGAUAUGUCCUUCCUCGGUCAACUGUGGAAAGAGUACAGCAUGGGUGACAGUAGAUAUAUGAGUUCUGAUGCAUUCGUGGUGAGCAUGGAGAGAAUCACAGCCUUCGUUGACGGACCUCUGAGUUUUGUGACGGUGUUGCUGUACUUCCGGAACAGUCCCUACCGCUACAUCAUCCAACUCGUGGUCUCCCUGUGCCAACUGUAUGGAGACACUCUGUACUUCAUGACGGAAAUAUUUGAAGGCUUCUCCCAUGGCUAUAUGUUCCAUCCCCAGUAUUUUUGGUUCUAUUUUGUGACCAUGAAUAUGUUUUGGAUUGUUAUACCCUCGUGUCUAAUAUGCCAGUCCUGCUACAAACUCGCCAAAUCCCAAGCUCAAGUGGAUAAGCUGAAAGCCAGUGAAUACAAGGCAGCUAUGGCUAGGCAUGAUAAGAAGAAGAAGCGAUAAUGUUAAUGAAUAUAGGUUGUUUCUGUGUGUGCAUAUAGGGGCUCAACUCUGAGAUCUGUUACUGAUCUUGGACAAGGCAGCGUUUGUAUGAACCAUGGUAUUGUGUAUCCAUAUGUCACUCUUACUUUGAGGGGGCUCAGUCUUGUGUGUCCAUAUGUCACUCUUACUGUGAGGGGGGCUCAGUCUUGUGUGUCCAUAUGUCACUCUUACCAUGCUUACUGUGAGGGGGCACUGGUGGCCCAGUCUUGUGUGUCCAUAUGCCACUCUUACUUUGAGGGGGGCUCAGUCUUGUGUGUCCAUAUGUCACUCUUACUUUGAUGAGGGCACUGGUAACUCAGCAAUUCACUGUGCAGAGAAACCUAUGAGUGUUGGUUCGUUUACCAGAUAAUGUUUCUUGAACAAUACCCAUGCUCGUGGGUUUCACCAAAGUGAAAACGUCUGAGACCUGCAACACUUUGGGAUAUCCUCAAGCAUUCAGCUGUCAGUAUUAAACCCAACUCACUCACACCUACUUUGAGUUAGACUUUUUUUGGUUUGUCCAAUUUUUGUUUUAUAUCAAGAUCUUUCAUCUGUGUACAAUACAGUUGGCAGACAUUGGUAGAUUUUGCAAUAUCACUAUGUAACUGUUAUGAUUAUGAUGAUGUUGUAGUUUGGUUCAGGAUAAAGUAACUUGUCAUUUAUGAAUUCUUAAAAAGGACCAAAUGAAAUCUUAUGAUGUCAAGUAGUCUCCCUGAAUCUUGAGAAUAAAUAAAACAAUGAAUCCGACUAAAGUCCAGAAUAAUUUGUCAAGUCUAGAUUGCCUUAGCCUGAAAUUAUGCUUUUUCUGGGCUCCAUUUGGAUUUUAUAUUUUAUUUUGUAGAUAUGUUUUUAAGUAAAAUAACCUUAUUUUUGUAACCAUGGUAACUAAAUGUUAGUAUAGGUGCCAAGAAGUAUUUUUGUUUAUUAGUAUUAAGCACAAAUGUUUUUAUUUUUUAUAUUUUGUUCAAGUUUUGCAAUAUAAAUGAUAAAUAAUUACUUCUGACAUUAAUGAGUUAAUCUUGUUCCAUGACAAUUCUGUAGAAGCUAUUUAUCUGUAUAAGUCAAUCCACACAUAUAUUUUCAAUUUGGGAUUUCUAGUGGAUCUGAAGUCCAUUGAUAGAUGAAUGACUCUUUGCCAUAUCAUGUUUAUGCAUAGUCUUACAUAUGCCUCAGUAUCCUCAGCAACAUUUUGUGCACCAGGUACAAUGUUUUGUUUGUCUUUGUCUCUACAAUGUGGUGACCAAUUUAACUGACUGUUUUUCUUAGUUGUUGAGGGGGCACAGGUGGCCCAGUGGUCUGAGGCGGCGUGAUUCGCUGUGCAGAGUUGCGUCCCUUGGGCAUGCCAGAAACCUAUGAUUGUGGGUUCGAAUCCCGGUUUGCCCCGAUUAUGUUUCUAGGUUUGUCAGCACUAUACCCGUGCUUGUGGGUUUCACCAAGGUGGUAAACGUCUGCGACCUGCAUCACUUUGGCUUUCCUUAAGCUGACACACCGCGAUAUAACUGGAAUAAUCUUAAAAGCGGCGUUAAACCAAACUCACUCACUUAGAUGUUGAGCCCCUGUUGUUUAUCCAUACAAUUACAGUAAAUGUAUACUGGAUUGUUUAAUCAUUAUAGGAUACACACACAGUUACCUCAUCUGUUUUUGUUUUGUUUCUUUAGAGUCACAUUAAAACCAAAUAAAUAUAUAAUUGAAAUAAAUGAAAGGAAUUACUCCUUAAGUUCAUUGCAUACCCAAAACAUUAUUUAGCAGUCCUGUGAAGUAUCUGUUUUAGGGACUGCCAACACGUUUUAUGAGUGUAGGAAUUCUCUGAGAUUUAUUCAGGUUUGUUAUUCUGUGUUAACCUGAAAAUAAUUCCUAAACACAGGGAUGGAAAUAAGCUAUCCUGGACCAGUUUUGUUAAUGUUAAAGGUAUCCUAAGGGCUGGUAGAAUUUCAAACAUUUUAGAGAGUACUGCUACAUGGUAUUACUAUACCGGCUAUAGUCUGUUGCAAUAUCGUACCGAUGAAAUGCAAAUUAGAUAUAAAUCCAAAAGUAACGAUUCGUCUUAAAUGGCAUGAAAGUUUUUUAUUUGUCCAUACUUGAUAUACUCCAUUGUGUGUUUUUACGAUAUCAAAAUAUUGAUUUGUAUUUAUCAUGCAAUGUUUUCAAUACAUUUCAAACUUUAAUUGAUGAUUGAUAAUUGUCAUAAUUUAAUGUUUAAUUUAUAGAAAUAAAAGUGUAUUUAUUAA